AUGUCAUUUGGAACACAAACCCCCACGAUUGUGGUGCUUAAGGAAGGUACCGAUUCUUCUCAAGGUAAGGGCCAAAUCAUCAGCAAUAUAAAUGCUUGUCUUGCUAUACAAGACACAGUCAAACCAACAUUGGGACCAUUUGGAUCCGAUAUAUUAGUAGUCAACUCCCGAGGUGAAACUACCAUUUCAAACGAUGGUGCAACUAUCAUGAAGUUAUUGGAUAUCGUGCAUCCUGCUGCUAAGAUGUUGGUUGAUAUUUCUCGUGCUCAAGAUGCUGAAGUUGGUGAUGGUACCACUACAGUUACUGUUCUUGCUGGUGAGUUUUUGAAAGAGUCUAAGGGGUUUAUUGAAGAUGGUAUUUCAUCACAUUUGAUUGUCAAGGGAUUAAGAAUGGCUUGUGAUUUGGCUGUUUCUCGUAUUAAGGAAUUGGCUGUCAAUAUUCCAAAGGAAAAUGCUACUGAAUUUAGAGAUUUACUUAGUAGAUGUGCCACUACAGCUAUGUCAUCCAAAUUAAUCAGUAAAAACAGUGAAUUUUUCACCAACAUGGUUGUGGAUGCAGUGAUGUCGUUGGACGCCAAUGAUCUUGAUGAAAACAUGAUCGGUAUCAAGAAAGUCGCUGGUGGAGGAAUGGAAGACUCUAUGUUUGUCAACGGUGUUGCUUUUAAGAAAACAUUCUCAUAUGCUGGGUUUGAACAACAACCUAAGAAGUUUGCCAAUCCUAAGAUUCUCUGUUUAAACGUCGAAUUAGAAUUGAAGGCAGAGAAGGAUAAUGCUGAGGUUCGUGUUGAAAAAGUUCAACAAUAUCAAGAGAUCGUCGAUGCUGAAUGGCAAAUUAUAUUUGACAAGUUAGAUGCCAUUGCUGCUUCUGGUGCCAACAUCGUGUUGUCAAAAUUGCCAAUUGGUGACUUGGCUACCCAAUAUUUCGCUGAUAGAGACAUUUUCUGUGCCGGUAGAGUCAGUGCAGAAGAUAUGGAAAGAGUAAUCAAGGCCGUUGGUGGUAGUAUGCAAAGUACCUGUGGAAGUAUUGAUCCUGUUAAGGAUUUAGGUACUUGUGAUUCUUUUGAAGAAGUCCAAAUUGGUGGUGAAAGAUACAACUUAUUCACAGGCUGUCCUGAAGCCAAAACAUGUACGUUAAUUUUAAGAGGUGGUGCCGAGCAAGUGAUUGCUGAAGUUGAAAGAUCAUUGCACGAUGCAAUAAUGAUUGUUAAGCGUGCAGUUAACCAUAAUGAGGUGGUAGCUGGUGGUGGUGCAAUUGAAAUGGAAUUAUCCAAGUACUUACGAGACUACUCUAGAACCAUUGCUGGUAAGCAACAAAUGAUCAUUGGAGCCUUUGCUAAAGCUCUCGAAGUUAUACCUCGGCAAUUAUGCGAAAAUGCUGGUUUAGAUGGUAUUGAUUUGUUGAACAAGCUUAGAAGUCUCCAUGCUAAAGGUGAAACUUGGUUUGGUAUUGAUUUCCAAAGGGAGAAUGUAGGUAACAAUAUGACCAAUUUUAUUUGGGAGCCUUCUUUGGUUAAGAUCAAUGCCAUCCAAUCAGCUGUUGAAGCUGCUAUAUUAUUAUUGUCAAUUGAUGAAACAAUUCUGAAUGAUGAUCUGAAUGAGGCUGCUGGAGGCAGAGGACGAGGUGCUAAUUAA